GCAGAGAAUGUAGUGGAUCAGAAGUGCUACGUUGAACAAAUGAAUGAUGAAUGCUGUCUAAACGACGUUAAAUGAUAGAAGACUUGUUCAACGAGCGAACGUAAAUAUGUUUAAGAUUCGACAACGUAAUUGCAUGCUGAUUGCCACGGUGCUUAUAUUGGUGCCCUGCAUUGUGAUAUUGAUGGUAUUGGGACCAGAACUAUCCACCGAAACGUCGCUGACGCAACGUCUGGCCGAGUGCCAUAUGCGACUGCAGUAUCUGGAGUCUAUGUAUCGUGCUCGGCAGGAGGAUGUCUCGCUGCUCUCACAGUACUUGGGCCAGCUUCAGUACAACAAUGGCAGCAAUGUGACCAAUGUAAGUCCGCCGCCACAGCCUGUGCCGAACUUGCUGGAUGCGCUUAGUCCGGAGGCACGUCAAUUGCUGCGCAAUGCAUCCCAUGUGUCUCGAUCAGGAGGCUCAGGAUUUACGCGUGGCUAUGUGUCCGCACAAAAUAUACGCUUACCGAACGCUUAUCACUUUCUGCCACAUCUACUGGACGAUGCUGGCUCCUUGCGCCCAGCGUAUUUUCAGAGCAAAGGCCGGUCGGAUGUUAGCAUUGUGCUCGGCGUGCCAACAGUGCGACGUGACAAGCAAUCGUAUCUGCUUGCCACGCUGCACAACCUAAUUGAGAACAUGAAUGAUGAGGAGCAAAACGAGACCCUGAUAAUUGUCUAUAUUGGCGAAACAGAUUUCGAUGCAGUCCAGCUUAUAGCCAAGCAAAUUGAGACCAGCUUCGAAACACAUGUGGAGAGUGGACUCAUAGAUAUUAUAGCGCCAGCGCCCAGCUACUAUCCAAAUUUUGAGCGCCUGCGCAUCACACUUAACGAUUCCUUGGAGCGUGUGAAAUGGCGUAGCAAACAGAAUUUGGAUUUUGCCUAUCUGAUGGCCUAUGCGCAUUCGAAAGGCACUUUCUAUGUGCAACUGGAGGAUGAUAUAUUAACAAAGCGACAAUUUAUAACCACAAUGAAGAAGUUUGCACUUAUCAAGAGCGCUCUAACCAAGCCCGAUCAGCCAGCCUGGUUUGUUUUGGACUUUUGUCAGCUUGGCUUUAUUGGCAAAAUGUUUAAGAGUGCUGAGCUGCCAUAUCUUAUAACAUACUUUCAAAUGUUCUACAAUGAUAAGCCAGUUGACUGGCUGCUUACCUAUUUCAUUGAGUCGAAAGUAUGUCGCACGGACAAGGAUCAGAAGCAUUGUAAUCUGGAAAAGGCAAGGUAUUGGCAGCACUUUCGCAAAUCGCUUUUCCAGCACAUUGGGACCAGCUCCUCGCUCAAGGGCAAAGUACAAAAGCUAAAGGACAAACAGUUCGGUAGCAAGGUUCCAUCCUACUAUGCACACACGCACAAUCCGCCCGCGCUGGUCAAGUCGAAUAUAGCGCCGUACAAAAACUAUUUACUAAAGCGAGCCUAUCGUGGCGAAACAUAUUUUUGGGGUCUUUUGCCGCAGCCCGGCGACUUGGUGCAAUUCAUCUUUGAGCAGCCAACGCUGCUGCGUCGCUAUUUAUUCCGCAGCGGUAACUCGGAGCACCCGUCCGAUCGUUUCUACAACACUACCGUGGAGCUGCUGCCCGCUGAUAGCUUGAGCGAGAACUCGUCCGUUUGGAGUACGUACAAUACAACAACGGAUGGCUACCUUGUGGUGGGCGCAUUCGAUGGCUUAGGCGUGGCCGAGGGACUGCUCGAUCCGAAGAUUGGGGCCAUCAAGGAGAUACGUCUCCACGUACACAGCGACAGCGAGAACUGGGCGCUGCUUAGCGAAAUCGAGCUGCAACAAAUGGACAACAAUGCCAGCCACUUGGAAGCGAAUGCUGCCAAGCCGCGCUAUAUCGCUGUCAGCUGAUUGCUGCAUCGCCAUCGGCACCAGCAGCAGCUGAAUAAUUGUAGUGGCGAUAUACCCAAACAUUGAUGUUUUCCUAAUUUGUACAUCUAUUUGUCUGUCUGUGUAUAUGUGUGUAUAUUUUUUGAGCGCUACUUUUAAAGCCUAUCCUCUAAAUGUGUAAAUAACUAACCUCCAGGUAUAAUUAUAACAUUUAACUGUAACUAUUUAUAAUUGUAAAACCGAGUUUACACGUGUGUCUGGUUCGUUAAACAAUUGUACAAUUGCCUCAAUUGUUUUGGAAUUGAAUUUCAUUAUGCGGCAGAGCAUAAACUUUUCUAAAACUGAAAAAAAUACAAACAGAAAAUGAAAAAAAAAAUCAAAUAAAAUUCAGAAUGAAUCAAACAUUAUUUUUGCUAAUAUCUGUCACGUGUGAACCAAUUUGUAACCGGUACAGUGUUUAAAUACGCCCACGAUAAAAUACUGAAAGUCUACAUAAAUGUAAGCGAAUUGAAUACACAAUAUGUAAAAUCUAUAAAUGUCUUAAAACGAUAUGAACAAUAAGUAAAUCGAGAUUCGAACAGCCAUAUUUAUAAAUCCAGAACGAAAAUGAAUAUUCCUUGUAAACUUGCAAAGCACGUUUCUCCAUUAUACCCAGCAUCCCAAAAUAUUUCCUCCAAGUGCCCCUUCCACUGUUUCAUUGUGUUAAUAAUACAUAUAAUAGACAUAAGAGAACCAACAUUGUAAGAAUAGUUGUGCA